CUUAGUUUCAUAUGAAAAAGAAGGAUAAAUGAAAAAAACCACAUAUAUUGGGGCUAACCAAUCACUAUUUUUUCUCUAAUUUUUGUUUAAUAGUUAUUUAUGAUUAGGCGUCACGGGGCUUAUAAACGCUAACUUGUUUUUACCUAAACAGCGUUAUGCAUAGUUUUGUUUUGUUUUUUGUUUAAUUAAUGCUGCCACUUUAAUCUUGGUUUACCUGAUUUGAGCGCUCUAAAUCCAUAUUUUUAACCAACCGACUAGUAAAAGAAAUUUUUAUUCUGUGCUUGUCAUAAUAGUCCAUAACAACCAGGUAAUAUUGGUGGUACUUAAAAAAAAAAGUUAGCCUUAAUGGGGGUAAACUGUUAGAUUUUCUGUUUAUAAGGUUCUGAAAAACUUAAGUUUACGUCGAUUCUCGCUGUUAUGAGUAAAAAUAAAACUGAAAAAUUUUUCAUUGUCGCUCCGAGUUUACUUCUGGGAUUUUUAGGAGGUUUUGGCUCUGCGCUAUACCUUUUUUACUUCAAGACAGAAAAACAUAAACAUGAACUUCUUACUGGCAACUAUUUCGGAGUUUUUGAUAAGCUUUCAGGUUCGCCUAGUAUUGAAAGAUUUGGUUUACCUAUUUUCGGUCAGCUCCAGCGUUAUCCAACGUAUACCUCCUUCUUUGAUUUCCGUUUAAGAAUUCCGACCUUUGUUUUGGAACAUGUAACUAAAGCCGACAUUGAAGGAUCUGCAAAACGCCCAAACUCCUUUUAUGAAGAUAAAACUCUUCCAGCUCUUUAUCGGCCAACCAACUCGGAUUACCGACAACUUAACCAGAACGCUACCACCCAGAGAAAGUUAUCACGAGGGCACAUGGCCCCAGCUGCUGAUAGUAAAAUUUCCCAAGAAGCUAUGAAGUCAACUUUUUACUUGGGUUCUAACGUUCUUCCGCAAGACUCCAGUAUGAAUGUAAGGCUAUGGAGCACUCUCGAAUCCUUUAUUAGACAACUUGUACUUAGCGACAAGUUCAAAAACGUUUACGUUGCCACCGGACCUUUGUUCCUUCCAAAGUACGAUGAGGCUAGUAAAAAAAACAUCGUUAAGUAUGAAGUCGUUAGCGAAAAAAAUAUCGCCAUCCCUACACACUUAUAUAAAGUUGUUUUACUGGAAACUCUGGAUAGUAAAUUAGAAAUUGGCGCCUUUGUCAUGCCCAACGAGCCAAUAGACUCGGAUAAGACUUUGUCGGACUUUCUGGUCCCUGUAAGCUUUCUAGAGUACGCUUCCGGGCUACAGCUCUAUCCAAAACUCAUAAAGACGUUGACCAAACCUGAAGACCCUCUUGUCCCGCUGGCGCCAUACAACCUUGCGGAGAAUUUGUGUCAGCUUAACGACUGUAAUAUACCCAGGACGGGUCCACUGUCUCAUUGCAAAAGUCUUCUCGGCAAAGUAACGGCAGCGUCCAAUAUAGACCAACUACAAACUGUCAUGAUCGAGGCAUCUCAAAAAGAUUGCCAUAAAGAAGCAAACUUUAAAAACAGUUACGAUAAGAAAUUUUCGGAACUUCAAGAAUAGUAGCGCUUUUAAAAGUGCUUCUGACGCUUCUUACUGAGUCUAAACUUUUCUUAAAAUUUAUAAGCUUUUUAAAAAGUGAA